AUGACUACAUCCAUCGAUUAUCAUCCUGUUAGUGAAAAUGAACAACAACAAGCCAUUAAUUUAUGGGAACAAAUAUUUACUCAAUUUGCUCGAGGUUUCUUUCCGCGUUAUUACUCAUUAGCAGCACCAUCUUAUCGAUAUGGUGAUACAUUAGGUGCUUGGUGUAAUGGAUCACUUGUCAGUACUGUGCAUAUCUGUCGAUUAACGUUCCGUAAUGGUAAUGAAACAUAUUUGUGUGGUGGUAUUGCUUGUGUAGCCACAUUGCCUGAGUAUAGAGAACGUGGUAUUUCUCGUCGUUUGCUUGAACAAGCAAUUGAUAAAAUGAAAAAUGAAGGUUUUUAUAUAUCAAUGCUUAAUAGUCUUCGAAAUUCGCAUUUUGAAUAUAUUGGUUUUGAGCAACAUAGUUUAAGUAGACAAAUUUUAAUCGAUUUAAAUGAAAAUAUUGAUGAUGUGUCUAUUUCGUCGAAGUUCAGCUGGAAAACGGCGCAUACUGAUGAGGAGAUUAAUAAUAUUUACGCUAAACAACCAAGACCUUUUCAACUCGACCGUUCUCGUGAGUAUUUUGAAGGUUGGCUCAAUUGGAAUUGGCAACAAGAUAAAGCUAUUCUUCAUGUCAUACCUGAACAAGGUUACAUUGUCUUAAACAGAAGCAAUAGUGAUCAUGAUGAUGGGAUAUGUUCUGUGUCUGAAUGGCAAGCAAUAAAUCGAGAAAUUGAACAACAAUUACUAGUACAAGCAUCGUAUAAAGCUCAACAGUUACAUUCAAAACAAAUUCGAUUAGCAGCAACCCCAAUUUUCGUUGAUCGACAAUGGAUUGAGAAAAAUUUGGGGAGAAUUGUUAAGAUUGACGAAGAUGAAACAACUAUGAUUCGUAAUAUUAAUCUGUCAACGAAUCAGUAUCAAAAAAUUAAAUCGUUCUAUGCCACUGGUGAAGCAACUAUGUGGCCUACUGAUUAUUUUUAA